UCAGAAGCUGUCUCCAGUUGCUGGCAGAGUUUUCUGUCAAGGGAUCAGGCCUUCCAACAGAAUGGCAUGGAAUGCAACUUGCAAAGCCUGGCUGGCAGCGGAGGAUGCCCUGGAAAAGUAUUACCUUUCCAUCUUUUAUGGAAUUGAGUUCAUUGUGGGACUCCUUGGGAAUACCACUGUUGUUUUUGGCUACCUCUUUUGUCUGAAGAACUGGAAUAGCAGUAACAUUUAUCUCUUUAACCUUUCUAUUUCUGACUUAGCUUUUUUGUGCACCCUUCCCAUGCUGAUGAGAAGUUAUGCCAAUGAAAACUGGGUAUAUGGAGACGCGCUUUGCAUAAGCAACCGAUACGUGCUCCAUGCCAAUCUCUACACCAGCAUUCUUUUCCUCACUUUUAUCAGCAUUGACCGAUACUUGCUCAUGAAGUAUCCUUUCCGGGAACACCUGCUGCAAAGGAAAGAGUCUGCUGUUUUAAUCUCUUUGGCCAUUUGGGUUCUAGUAACCUUAGAGCUACUGCCCAUACUUCAUCUUAUAAAUCCUGUGGUAGUUGACAAUGGCACUACCUGUAAUGAUUUUGCAAGUUCUGGGGACCCUGAAUACAACUUCAUUUACAGCAUGUGUCUAACCUUGUUGGGAUUCCUCAUUCCUCUUUUUGUGAUGUGCUUCUUUUAUUACAAGAUAGCUGUCAUUCUAAAGCAGAGAAGCAGGCAGGUCACUACUGCUCUGCCCCUUGAGAAGCCUCUCAACUUGGUCAUCAUGGCGGUGGUGAUCUUCUCUGUGCUUUUUACGCCCUACCACAUCAUGCGGAAUGUGAGGAUCGCUUCACGCCUGGGAAGCCGGACGCAGUCCCUGUGCACUCAGGUUGUCAUCAGCUCCUUGUACGUUGUGACUAGGCCUUUGGCCUUUCUGAACAGUGUCGUCAACCCUGUCUUCUAUUUCCUUAUGGGAGAUCACUUCAGGGAAAUGCUGGUGAAUAAACUGAGGUACAACUUCAAGUUCCUGCCAUCCUUUAGAAGAUAA